UUAAUAUGAUGUUUAUUCAAUGUUUUCAGGACUGAUGGCUCCAGAGUGACAUGCCAUGGCUUUAAUGAUCCCCCCGGUGAAGCUCAAAUGGCUGGAGCACCUAAACAGCUCAUGGAUCACGGAGGACAGCGAGUCGAUAGCCACGGAGGGAGUCUCGGUGCUCUAUUCAAAGCUGCUGGCCAACAAAGAGGCUGUGCUGCUGCCGCAGGUGCUGUGUCUGAAAGGCCCCCAGCUUCCAGACUUUGAGCGUGAAUCCCUCUCUAGCGAGGCAGAGCACUACCUGGAUGCUCUACUCAGCAGCCAGUUGGCCUUGGCCAAGAUGGUCUGCUCGGACUCUCCCUUUGCCGGCCUGCGCAAACGUGUGCUGGUGCUCCAGCGCAUCUUCUACGCACUUUCCAACAAGUACCACGACAAGGGAAAGGUCAAGCAGCAGCAGCACUCCCCAGAGAACAACUUGGGUUCGGCUGACCUGCACUCUGUCAGCGAGCGGCCCCGCUCCAGCACCGAUGCCCUCAUUGAGAUGGGAGUCCGCACGGGCCUCAGCCUUCUUUUUGCUCUCCUGCGCCAGAGCUGGAUGACUCCUCCACCGAGCCCUGGUGGAGGUCCUGGGGGCAACAUAAACUUGUGUAAUGACGUCAUCCACACAGCUAUUGAUGUGGUUAGCUCCCUGCCACCCCUCUCUCUGGCCAACGAGAGCAAGAUCCCGCCAAUGGGCCUGGACUGCCUGGCCCAGGUCACCACUUUUCUGAAGGGGGUUACCAUGCCAAACUCUGGGGCAGAUAUUUUAGGGCGGCGGCUUGCCUCAGAGCUACUGCUAGGGCUGGCUUCCCAGAGAGGGUCCCUGCGCUACCUGCUGGAGUGGAUUGAGAUGGCCUUGGCUGCAUCAGCUGUGGUCAGUGCCAUGGAGGAUAAGGUGCUACAGAACCAAGAAGGGCUCAUCGGCUAUGAUUGUUUCAUGAACAUCCUCAUGCAGAUGAGACGGUCUUUGGGCUCCUCAGCAGAUCGCAGCCGGAGAGAACCCACACGGACCUCUGAUGGCUUGUGCUCACUGUAUGAGGCAGCACUCUGUCUUUUUGAAGAAGUAUGUCGAAUGGCAUCAGACUACUCUCGCACCUGUGAGCCGGACAGCAUACAGACGGGUGGCCCCGUGGUGUCUGAAACCUGUGAGGUGUACGUGUGGGGCAGUAACAGCAGCCACCAGCUAGUGGAGGGUACACAGGAGAAGAUCCUGCAGCCCAAGUUGGCCGCCAGCUUUGCCGAUGCACAAACAAUUGAAGCAGGCCAGUACUGCACUUUUGUGAUCUCAUCGGAUGGCUCCGUGAGGGCCUGCGGGAAGGGAAGCUACGGCCGCCUGGGCCUCGGGGACUCCAACAACCAAUCAACGCUCAAAAAGCUGACCUUUGAACCCCACCGUGCCAUUAAGAAGGUGUCGUCAUCCAAAGGCUCGGAUGGCCACACGCUAGCAUUCACCACAGAGGGUGAGGUGUUCAGCUGGGGUGACGGUGAUUAUGGCAAGCUGGGUCACGGCAACAGCUCAACACAGAAAUACCCCAAACUCAUCCAGGGGCCUCUACAAGGGAAGGUGGUGGUGUGUGUGUCUGCUGGCUACAGACACAGUGCUGCAGUCAGUGAGGAUGGAGAGCUGUACACAUGGGGUGAAGGAGAUUUUGUGAAUGCAGGUCAUGGUGACAGCAACAGCCGAAACAUUCCUACCCUGGUUAACAUCAGCAAUGUGGGCGAGGUGUCAUGUGGGAGCUCCCAUACUAUUGCACUGUCAAAGGAUGGACGCACCGUGUGGUCCUUUGGAGGAGGGGACAACGGUGAGAAACUAGGUCAUGGUGAUACCAAUCGAGUCUACAAGCCAAAAGUAGUGGAGGCCCUGCAAGGAAUGUUCAUCAGAAAAGUGUGUGCAGGAAGCCAGUCGUCUCUCGCCUUAACCUCCACCGGACAGGUGUAUGCUUGGGGCUGUGGUGCCUGCCUGGGGUGUGGUUCUUCUGAGGCCACAGCACUCAGACCCAAACUAAUCGAAGAGCUGGCUACCACCAGAGUGGUGGACAUCUCCAUAGGGGACAGUCACUGCCUGGCCUUGUCACAUGACAAUGAAGUAUAUGCAUGGGGCAACAACUCCAUGGGCCAGUGUGGCCAGGGGAACUCCACAGGGCCAAUCACCAAGCCCAAGGUUGUCGGCCUGGAUGGAGUGGCUAUUCAGCAGAUCUCAGCCGGCACUUCCCACAGCCUGGCAUGGACAGCCCUGCCCAGAGACAGGCAAGUGGUGGCUUGGCACAGGCCCUACUGUGUCGACCUCGAAGAAAGUACCUUCUCCCACUUGCGCUCCUUCCUUGAGCGCUACUGUGACGGCAUCAACAGUGAAGUUCCUCUUCCGUUCCCCUCAUCCAGGGAGCAUCAUAACUUCCUCAAGCUGUGCCUUCGGCUUUUGUCCAAUCAUCUGGCUCUGGCUCUGGCCGGGGGCGUGGCCACCAGUAUUUUAGGUCGGCAGGCAAGGCCCCUGAGGAUGCUCUUCAGACUGAUGGACUCCUCCGUGCCAGAUGAGAUUCAGGAGGCGGUGAUUGAGACUCUGUCAGUGGGGGCCACCAUGCUGCUCCCUCCAUUGAGAGAGAGGAUGGAGCUUCUUCACUCCUUGCUGCCUCAGGGCCCUGACAGAUGGGAGAAUCUCUCCAAAGGACAGAGGAUGCAGCUCGACAUUAUCCUGACGAGUCUCCAGGACCACACCCACGUGGCCUCACUCCUGGGUUACAGCUCUCCUGCUGAUGGCCCUGAGGUACUUUCUUCUGGCCCGAGCUUCACAGCUUCCCCAGACCCCACAUACAGCACCACAGCAGGCCACCCUGACACCCACCUGGCUGAGAUCCUAAUGAAGACGCUGCUCAGGAACCUGGGCUUUUAUACUGAUCAGGCGUUUGGUGAACUAGAGAAGAACAGUGAUAAGCUGCAGCAGGGCCUGUCCUCGUCGGACAGCAGCCAACCAGCUCACCUCCACCAACUGCUGUGCUCUCUGCAGAAGCAGCUGUUAGCGUACUGCCACAUUAACUCUGUCACUGAGAACUCCAGCAGUGUGGCUUUACUCCACAAGCAUCUGCAGCUCCUGCUGCCUCACGCCACAGAUAUCUUCUCUCGCUCGGCUGCUCUGAUAAAAGAGAGUUCCUGGAACGGAAGCAUACGAGAGAAGCUACAAGAUGUGAUCUACGUGUCAGCGGCAGGCAGCAUGCUGUGCCAGAUAACCAACUCCCUGCUGCUGCUUCCAGUGUCGGUGGCGAGGCCUCUGCUCAGCCACCUGCUGGAUCUGCUGCCUCCUCUGGACCGCCUCAACAGGCUGCUGCCUGCAGCUUCCCCUCUGGAGGACCAGGAGCUGCAGUGGCCUCUUCAUGGUACCUCUGACUUUGCCGAGCCAGCGUCGGGGAUGUCCCUGCCACAGCCGGCCCUUUCCUGGGUGUGGCUCGUGGAUCUGGAGAGGACUGUUGCCCUGCUGGUGGGCCGUUGCCUCGGUGGGAUGCUGCAAGGAGCUCCCACCUCACUGGAGGAACAGGAUACUGGUUACUGGCUCAAAACGCCCCUCUUCAGCAAUGGCUUGGAAAUGGAUAUCCCACAGCUUGACACCUGCAUCAGCUCAUUACUGGAAGCAGCACUGUCCGGUAACGAAGAGCAGAAGCCCUUUGACUGCACACUGCGUCCUGACUUGAGCCUCCUGGUGGAUUUAGCUCUGUGUUCCUCUAAAGAACCGGCCAACAGCCUCUGGAUCAACAUGCAGGACUACGCCAUGAGCAAAGACUGGGACAAUGCGUCUCUCAGUAAUGAGUCCCUGUUGGACACCGUGUCCAGGUUUGCUUUAGCAGCCUUAUUGAAGCACACAGGGCUGCUGGGCCAAGCCUGUGGAGAGGGCAGGUACCAACCAUCUAAGGCCCUUGCAGAGGUGUAUCGCUGUGUUUACAAGGUACGAAACCGCCUGCUGGCUUGUAAGAAUAUGGACUUCAUCCAGACGAGAUCCUCUUCGCGUGAGAGGAGAAUUUCAGACAAUCAGGACUCUCUGGACAUGGACCCUCAGGAGCACUCGUUCACACGCACCAUCGACGAGGAGGCAGAGCUGGAAGAGAGAGUCGACCGCGAGAGAGAGGAGGGCCAUCAGGAGCAAGACGACGAAGAGGAAGACCGGGAACACGAAGUUAUGACGGCUGGAAAAAUCUUUCAAUGUUUCCUCUCAGCGCGGGAGGUAGCUCGCAGUCGGGAUAGAGAGCGAGCCAGCAGCAGCACAGGCCUGGGCUCUGGCUCUGUUUCUAGGAGCGGAGGAGGAGGCGGAGAGGAGGACGCCAUUCUGUCUCAGGAGGGGAGGAGGGGCAGUACAGGUCUCGCAGAGGGCCAGGACCUGUACACAGCAGCCUGUAACUCUGUGAUCCACCGCUGUGCCAUGCUGUUGCUGGGGGUAAGCCCCGUUCUGGGUGAGAUGACCAAGCAGAAUCAGGAAGAGGGCCAGACCCAGUCAGCCACUGGAACACAGGAGUGUCUGAGCUUCAUGACCAGGAGUGAGAGUCUGAGUGCAGAGAGCCGCUCGGUGCAGAGCAGCCCGAGUUACAGGCUGAUCAAGUCCAGGAGCGAGUCUGACCUCUCUCAGCCCGAGUCAGACGAAGAGGGAUACACUCUGAGUGGGAGGAGAAAUGUUGACCUGGACUUGGCUUUCUCUCACAAAAAGAGAGGCUUACUUCAAAGCUCGCCAGACUCCCUGGCUGAGUCCUGGUUCCGGGCCAAACUCAGCCGCCAGAGGACCUACAGCUCAGCACACUCCUAUGAAGACUCCGAGUUGGACCUGUGCCGCACACUGGGCAUCCAUGCUCUCAUUGACAACAUGGUUAGCUUCAUCAGUGGCGAUUUGGGCCUGGCACCGGCCUUCAAGGAGCCGGAAGAAAGUAUGUCCACCAGCCCACAGGCAACUAUCCUGGCCAUGGAACAGCAACAGAGCAGAGGAGAGCUGCGGUUGGAGGCACUCCACCAGAUUGUGGUGUUGAUCUCUGGAAUGGAGGAGAAGGGCAGUCAGCCGGGGAAUGCAGAUCGAUCCAGCAGUGCCUUCCAGUCCUCCUCCCUGCUCACCUCCGUCAGGUUGCAGUUCCUGGCAGGAUGUUUUGGCCUCGGCACCGUGGGGACUGGAGGGCUGAAGAGAGAGAGCGUGCAGCUACAUCACUAUCAGGAUGGUGUCAGAGCAGCUAAGAGGAGCCUCCAGAUGGAAAUCCAGACAGCCGUUCAUAAGAUCUACCAGCAACUGUCUGUCACCUGGAGAGGGCACUGCAGGCAACACAAGCACCACAUAGAAGCCCAGCAGCGCCUCCUGCUGGUGACUGUGUUUGCACUGAGUGUUCGCUACCAGCCAGUGGACGUCUCCCUGGCCAUCUCCAGUGGCCUGCUCAACGUGCUCUCCCAGCUCUGCGGGACAGAGACGAUGCUGGGGCAGCCCCUCCAGCUCCUGCAGAAACCCGGAGUGUCUCAGCUCAGCACCGCCCUUAAGGUGGCCUCCACCCGCCUGCUGCAAAUACUGGCCAUCAGCACUGGCACGUAUGCAGACAAGUUAAGUCCCAAAGUUGUCCAGUCGCUGCUGGACCUGCUCUGCAGUCAGCUGAAGAACCUGCUGUCUCAGGCAGGAGUUAGUCUUCUAUCGUCUGGAAAAGACCAGGAAGACAACAAACAGGAGGACAGCGCGGACUCUGAAAAGAAAGACUUCAGAGCGUUGGUACGUAAGCAGCAUACUGCUGAGCUUCACCUUGGAGACUUCCUCGUCUUCCUCAGGAGAGUGGUGUCCUCCAAGGCCAUCCAGUCCAAGAUGGCUUCCCCUAAAUGGACUGAGGUGCUGCUUAACAUCGCUGCACAGAAAUGCUGCUCAGGGGUCCCUCUGGUGGGAAACUUGAGAACUCGGCUCCUAGCUCUUCAUGUGUUGGAAGCUGUCCUGCCUGCCUGUGAGGCCAAUAUGGAGGAUGACCAAAUGACACAGGUUGUUAAGCGGCUGUUCUCCCUGUUGUCUGACUGCAUGUGGGAAGCUCCCAUUGCUCAAGCCAAACACUCAAUCCAGAUUAGAGAAAAAGUUCAGGAACUUAAACUACAGGGAGAGGCGGAGGAGGAGGACGAGAACCUUCCCAUUCAGGAAGUGUCCUUUGACCCAGAGAAGGCUCAGUGUUGUGUGGUAGAAAAUGGCCAGGGGCUGACGCACGGCAGUGGGGGUAAAGGCUAUGGCCUGGCCUCUACUGGUAUCUCCUCUGGAUGCUAUCAGUGGAAGUUUUACAUCGUGAAGGAGAACCGAGGCAAUGAGGGUACGUGUGUAGGCGUUUCACGAUGGCCCGUGCAUGACUUCAACCACCGCACCACGUCGGAUAUGUGGCUGUACCGAGCAUACAGCGGAAACCUGUAUCACAACGGGGAGCAAACGCUGACACUCAGCAGCUUCACGCAGGGAGACUUCAUCACCUGUGUCAUGGACAUGGAGGCCAGGACUAUCUCUUUUGGCAAGAACGGGGAGGAACCAAAGUUAGCCUUUGAAGACGUUGACGCCACGGAGCUUUAUCCCUGUGUGAUGUUUUACAGCAGUAACCCAGGAGAGAAGGUUAAGAUCUGUGACAUGCAAAUGAGGGGAACACCUCGAGACCUCUUACCUGGUGACCCAGUCUGCAGCCCCAUGGCCACUGUCCUGGCCGAGGCCACCACUCAGCUGAUCCGUAUCUUACAUCGCACUGACCACUGGACCCAUCGCAUCAACAAGACCAUGAUCGAGCGGCUUCACAAAAUCAAACCCUGCUUCAGAGAGUCCGCCAGUGCAUCUGGCAGCGGUGGGGGUCAGAGGCUGAAAAAGAGUCGCUCGGUGCAGAGCCGCGAGGAGCACGACGCCCAAAAAGAAAACCAAGAAACACCAGUGAGAACAGAGGAGGAGAGGGGACGCCAUGGACGGCAGCAUGGCUUGGGCGAGCUGUCAGAGCACCACCUUAGGACACUCUGUACAGAAGUUUGGCCGGUUCUGGCGGUGAUCGGGGGGGCGGAUGCAGGCCUACGUGUAGGUGGGCGUUGCGUGCACAAGCAGACCGGGAGGCAUGCUACUCUGCUGGGUGUGGUGAAGGAAGGCAGCACCUCAGCCAAGGUGCAGUGGGACGAGGCCGAGAUCACCAUCAGCUUCCCAACUUUCUGGUCGCCUAGUGACACUCCACUAUACAACCUGGAACCCUGCGAGCCGCUGCCCUUUGACGUGGCGUGUUUCCGUGGCCUCACCGCCUCGUUGCUGUUGGACCUCACCUACCUUACCAGCAUCCACGAGGAAACCGCCGUUAAGCUCAGCGCACGACGCCACGACAAGAAGCAUCGCAACGCAGCCUCGACCGGGCACGAGCCGACCAGUAACGAAGAAAAGACGGACAAUGAGGGGCACAACCGUAAUGAUCAAAAGGAUAACACUGGAGCCUCGCCUGGAGCAGCUCCAAGCACCACGACCUCUGACCUGCGGGUGUCCCACAGUCUGGAUGAGAUGAAAGCACAUGCGGCACCCAACUCAAAGUCCGAGAAUGAGAUCUCAUCUGUGGUUAGCGGAGGUGUAGGCGGAAAUGAGACCCUUUUCACUGCAGCUCCUCAUGCCCCUGCUGAGGGGAACAGGAAGAAAGGGCACGAGCAUGGCUCCCGCAGUCAUGAGCCUUCUCCUUCCUCCAUUGCCACUCAGUCGGAAAUCCACGCUGUGCAGCUGUCCUACCUCUACCUGGGAGCCAUGAAGACCCUCAGCGCCCUGCUUAGCUGUAGCAAGUAUGCUGAGCUGCUGCUUAUACCAAAGGUGUUACCUGAAGUAGCACCCAGCGGGCACAAUGCUGAUCUAAAUGCCAGCACCAGUGGAAGCACCGCUGCCACCUCGCCAGUAUGCCAGGAAGAAGUGGAGAUGCGGGCGGCUCUGCAGUUUCUAAUGCGCCAUAUGGUAAAGCGGGCAGUGAUGCGCUCCCCCAUUAAGCGGGCCUUGGGCCUGGCAGACCUGGAGAGGGCACAGGCCAUGAUCUACAAACUGGUCGUGAAUGGGUUGUUGGAGGAGCACAGUGGAGGAAAGGCCAAGCCAGGAGUGAGAAGUGAACCAGAAGGUGAGGGGGAAGGUAUAGAGGGUGAGCAGUUGGCACAAACCCCAGUCACAACCAGCCCCUCUGCCUCCAGCACCACCUCUUUCAUGAGUUCCUCGCUGGAGGACACCACCACUGCCACCACACCUGUCACAGACACCGAGACUGUCCCUGCCUCGGAGUCUCCGGGGGUCAUGCCUCUCAGCCUCCUCAGGCAAAUGUUCUCAAGCUACCCGACUACUACCCUGGUUCCAACCCGUCGAGCUCAGACCCCUCCGGUGUCUUCUCUGCCAACCUCUCCCUCGGAUGAGGUCGGCCGCCGGCAGAGUCUCACGUCUCCUGACUCCCAGACCUCCAGACCACAAAACAGAACGGGUACCUCUAUGUCAGACCCCAGCAGCAGGCUGUCGACAUCCCCCCCUCCUCCUGCCAUCGCUGUGCCCUUACUGGAGAUGGGCUUCUCCCUGCGCCAGAUCACCAAAGCUCUGGAAGCCACCGGCGCUCGAGGAGAAGCAGACGCUCAGAACAUCACGGUGCUGGCCAUGUGGAUGAUCGAGCAUCCAGGUACAGAGGAUGAGCACGACGAGCCUCACACCAGAGGCAGCGGUGUUGGGGGUGAUGGGUCUGAUUCAUCCUGUCCGGGUGCAACAGCCUCUGCUGGAGGCAAAUCUCUGGACAGGAGCCCGUAUCUGUGCUCGCCUGGAGACAUCGCCAGUGCAGAUACUUCAGAAAUGGAGGAGGGCUUCAUCGAGAGUCCGGAUGGUCUGGAGCAGGACAGUGCUUCAGCCUCCAGCGGGGGUCCACUCAGAGGCCGCUCUGCUGUCGGCAGGAAACACCGCUUUGACCUGGCUGCUCGCACGCUUUUAGCCCGCGCUGCUGGACUGUUACCGCUCGGUGCAGGCUCACCAAGCCAGUCGCGUCGGGAGGUCUCAUCCCUCCAACAGCAGCAAGAUCCGGGAGCCCUGUACGAUUUCAACCUGGAUGAAGAGCUGGAGAUGGACCUGGACGAGGAGACCAUGGAGGCCAUGUUUGGCCAG